AUGGGAGGGAACAGUUACAUCAUGAAGCAUCUGAUAAACUCUCCUCCCUAUUCCCUCCUUCAAAAGCCAUCAGCUGUCCAAGUGUUCGUCCUCAGUGCAGGGCAACAGAGGUUGAUCAGCUGCAGAUCCAAAAUGGCGUUCCUUCAUCACUGCCCGUUCCUGAAGUCGGUGCCUCUGCCAGCUCUGCGCAGAACCGGAGCUGCUUUCAUCUCCAUGGCUGACCAGUGCCCCAUUAUCACGCGCCAAAUCAGUGUGGGGGCGCUGUCCAAGCUGGAGAAGCAGUCUGCUGAACCAGGCCAGGGGAGGGGAGUCCCAGGCCUGGACCCCAAGAGGACCAUGGCCCAGACCGCAGCCAAAGUGGCAUCCUCCGUGUCCAAGGCAUGUCCGUUUGUGAGCUCCCAGAUCGGGUUGGUGCGAGCCAGUGCGGAGGUGCAGGAGGACGUGCAGGAAGGGCGAAUGAAGUCUCUUCUGAAAUCCAUCAAGGAAACCGUUCUACCGACUCCAGCUCAUACUCGCCCAGUGGAACAACUGCUCACAGAAAACAUGGUUGGCCCGUCCUACGACUAUGACAGCUUCUUUGUGGAGAAGAUCAGUGAUAAGAAGCAGGACCACACCUACAGAGUGUUCAAGACGGUGAACCGCAGCGCACACUCCUACCCCUUUGCUCUGGACUUCUCUGUUCCCGGUCGAGACGGCGCUGAGGUCUCCAUCUGGUGCAGCAACGACUACCUGGGCAUGAGCCGCCACCCGCGAGUCCUCAAGGCCAUUAGUUCUGCCCUGGAGAGACACGGGGCGGGGGCCGGUGGUACCAGGAACAUCUCAGGGACCAGUAACUACCAUGUGGCCCUGGAGAAAGAACUGGCCCAGCUCCACCAGAAGGGCGGCGCUCUGGUGUUCAGUUCCUGCUUCGUGGCUAAUGACUCCACACUGUUCACACUGGCCAAGAUGCUGCCAGGUUGUGAGAUCUACUCUGACGCCGGAAACCACGCAUCCAUGAUCCAGGGAAUCCGGAACAGUGGAGCCAAGCGUUUCAUCUUCAGACACAACGACAGCCAGCACCUGGAGGAACUCCUGCAGAAGUCUGACCCCAAGACCCCCAAGAUUGUGGCUUUUGAGACGGUGCACUCCAUGGACGGAGCCAUCUGCCCCCUGGAGGAGAUGUGUGACAUUGCGCACAGGUAUGGAGCCCUGACCUUCGUGGAUGAGGUCCACGCGGUGGGACUGUACGGAGCCCAGGGAGCUGGGAUCGGAGAGCGGGACAACGUCAUGCACAAGAUUGACAUCGUCUCUGGAACUCUGGGUAAAGCCUUCGGUUGUGUGGGGGGUUACAUCGCCAGCAGCGCCGCCCUGGUGGACACAGUUCGCUCCUACGCCGCAGGCUUCAUCUUCACCACAUCACUUCCACCCAUGGUCCUGGCGGGGGCGCUAGAGUCUGUGAGGGUCCUAAGGAGCGCUGAGGGCCAGGCUUUACGCAGAGCUCACCAGAGGAACGUCAAGCACAUGAGGCAACUGCUGAUGGACCGCGGGCUCCCUGUGGUCAACUGCCCCAGCCACAUCAUCCCCAUCCAGGUUGGAAACGCAGAGCUGAACACCAAAGUGUGUGACACUCUGCUGGAGAAGUACAACAUCUACGUCCAGGCCAUUAACUACCCCACAGUCCCCCGCGGAGAGGAGCUGCUGAGGCUGGCCCCGUCCCCCCACCACCAGCCCCACAUGAUGGACUACUUUGUGGAUAAACUGGAGGAGGUUUGGCAUGAGGCCGGUCUGGAACUGAACAGUGCAAACUUGGCCUCGUGCACCUUUUGUAACCGCCCCCUGCACUUCGACCUGAUGAGUGAAUGGGAGAAGUCCUAUUUCGGAAACAUGGAGCCUCAGUACAUCACAGUGUUUGCUUAA